AUGGCGCGCGGUCCGGCUGUUAAAAGGAGACGUCUCAGUCCUCCUGGUGACGAGGAAAAAUCAUCACAAAACACCGACGAUUUCCACACCCGCGCCAGCGAGUGGGAUCUCGAGCAGGAUUACGAACGCCGCCCGCGCAAGACGAACAAGAAAGACAACGAGCGAACUCGACUUCCGAUCAAGACCUCCGAGGGCUUUGUGCACAAUGUGGCCGAACAGGAAGACCCCGCGGAAGAGACUGACAGCUUUCUCGGCACGGAUGACGACGAGAUGGAGGAUGCAUCUGGAAACGAGGAUGAGCCCGAGGAGGUCAAACCCAAGAUCCCAUUAAAGGUACAGAUUGUGCAGGCCAAGGAAGAACUCGCACGCCUGGCAACUCUCAUCAAUGAGGAUCCGGAGGAGCAUAUCGCGCUGUUCAAGACCAUGGCGGAGAUGGUGGAGAAGGAGGACUCGCCGGUCACUGUGAAAAAACUGGCUCUGGCAGCCCAGGGAGCGGUCUACAAGGAUGUUAUUCCGGGCUAUCGCAUUCGUCCACUCAGUGAAGAAGACAUGACGGCAAAGGUUUCGAAGGAUGUGCGAAAAUUGCGGAACUUCGAGCAGUCUCUGGUGUCGGGAUAUAAGGCCUACGUCCAAAAGCUGGCGGUGCUCACCAAGCCAGCCAAGGGCGAAAAUGCCGGUGUAGAUGCUGGGUUGAAGAGCAUCGCCAUCAACUGCGCUUGCAACAUGCUCUUGGCUGUGCCGCAUUUCAAUUUUCGCAGUGAGCUGCUCAAGAUCAUCGUGAACCGCCUCGCCAGAAGGCAGGUGGAUGCCGAUUUUGUCAAGUGCCGUGAGACUCUGGAGGAGGUUUUCCACAAGGAUUCCGAUGGAGUUGUCUCACUCGAAGCGGUCCGCCUCCUUGCCAAGAUGUUGAAAGCUCGAGACUUCCGCAUCCACGAGAGCGUCCUGGACACUUUUCUUCAUCUGCGUUUGCUCGGUGAGUUUUCCAUGAAAGGCUCGCAAGACCGGGUCGAUCGCGAGACGGAAGAAACCACCGGCGGCAAGAAGCAGAAACAGAAACGAGAAUUCCGGACGAAGCGAGAGCGCAAGGUCGAAAAGGAGCGCAAGGUGGUGGAGAAGGACAUGAAGCAGGCAGAUGCACUGGUUUCGCACGAAGAGAGGGAGAAGAAUCAAGCUGAGACGUUGAAACUGGUGUUUGGUGUCUACUUCCGCAUCCUGAAAGCACGCAUUCCGACUCUGAUGGGACCAGUGCUGGAGGGGUUGGCCAAAUACGCGCGUCUGAUCAACCAAGACUUUUUCGGUGAUCUCCUCGAGGCCCUGAAGGAUCUUAUUGGACAUGCAGAACGCACCGAAAUGGGCGAAGAUGUCGACGACGAAGCCGAAGAAGACAGCACCGAGGUCUCCGAAACCGCCGCGCGAGAUGCUCGCCGUGCAAUCCUCCUUUGCACCGUGACUGCGUUUGCCUUGCUCGAAGGCCAAGAUGCCAGCAAAGCCGCGGCAACCCUCCACCUAGACCUCAGCUUCUUCAUCAAGCAUCUCUACCGAUCCCUGUACGCCCUCUCCACAAACCCUGAAGUCGAAUUCAACCCCAACACCGCUCUCCGGCUUCCGGAUCCGAAUGCUUCGGAAGACCAGACACAGCCUCGCUCAAAGAACAAAGUCAACUUCCAGACACCUAUGGUUCUUCUCCUGCGGUGCCUGCAGUCCACUCUCAUAUCCCGCGCCCAUGGCCUCCCCCGGCGACUGCCUGAGAAAUCAGCCAUCGCUACCCUCGCCCUAAUGAGCCAGGUCUCAAAGCACAAUGCCCGCCGCAUCUCGUCACUGUGGCAUACGGAAGAGCGCAAGGGGGACGGCGUGUUCAAUGCCUUCGCCACAGAUGUGGACGCGACGAAUGUCUUCGCUGGAUCAGUGUGGGAAGGCGAGUUGUUGCGCCAGCAUUACUGCCCGCAGGUGCGCGAUGCUGCGUUAGAGAUUGAGAAGAUCCUGGCGACCUCUAAGUAA